UUCCUGAUGUCACGUGAGCACUUUCCCAAGAUGGCCGCCCGGUUGUUUUGAUGAAUAAUCCUGUGUGAGGCGGCAGGUUUCGGGCAGGCUCCGGUUUACUCGCUGUGAGGCUCGGUGUGUAUCGGGUUUACGUUUUUGCCGGUGUUCCUGUGAGUGCUGGAGAAGCGGGCCGGUCGCAGGAAGUUCUUUGUGUCGUUUCUCACGGGCUAUCAUUACAGACAAUGCAGCUGUGAGCCCCGAGGCCCCUGUCUGUCCCUGACCGCCCCCCUGUCGCCCCCUGUCCCGUGUACGGACCCCUCGCUUCUGCCACCAUUAAAAGAAAAAAUAUGGAGGAGCUGAGCGCUGACGAGAUUAGGAGACGGCGCCUUGCUCGGCUAGCUGGUGGGCCGUCCUCGCAGCCUACAACUCCGCUUACUUCACCACAAAGAGAGAAUCCCCCUGGACCACCAGCAGCAGCCGCCCCGGGCACAUCCCAACAACUUGGCUUGAAUGUUCAGGGAGUAACCCCUGCUACCUCACCCAUAGGGGCAUCAGGGGUGGCUCAUGGAAGUCAGAGUAGUGAAGGCGUCAGCUCGCUCAGCAGUUCCCCAUCGAAUAGCCUUGAAACGCAAUCUCAGUCUCUUUCUCGCUCCCAAAGCAUGGACAUUGACAGUGUAGCUUGUGAAAAAAGCAUGUCCCAGGUGGAUGUGGACUCGGGAAUUGAGAACAUGGAAGUAGAUGAAAAUGAUCGCAGGGAAAAAAGAAGCCUCACAGAUAAGGAACCGUCCGCCGGAUCCGAGGUUUCUGAGGAACAGUCUUUGCAGCUGGUCUGUAAAAUCUUCAGAGUUUCCUGGAAGGACCGGGAUAGAGAUGUUAUUUUCCUGAGGUCGCUGUCGGCUCAGUUUAGACAGAAUCCAAAAGAAGUGUACUCCAAUUUUAAAGACUUAAUUGGGCAGAUUUUGAUGGAAGUCUUGAUGAUGUCCACUCAGACAAAAGACGAUAACCCGUUUGCCAGCCUCACCGCCACGUCGCAGCCCAUUGCAGCCACUCGGCUACCUGAGCGGACUCUCGUGCUGAAUUCUGCAUCGAAUCCUGGCACCAGCCCCAUGUUCUGCAACGCCGGCUCCUUCAGUGCCAGCUCGGCGUCCAGUCUGUAUGGUUCUAGUCCAGAUGUUAUCCCCAGGUUUCCCGCUGGUAUACCACUGGCUGUUUCACCCAUCCUCCCAAUCCCCACUUCCAGUCCGUCCACAGCGAGGCAAUCUCUGCCCAGUGGCAUUCGGCUCAUUCAGUCAAGCCCACCAGAAGCUCAGACGUCCUCUCCACCCAACAGCCCGUGUACGCUCUCCCGAUCAAGGCCCUUGCCCAUUCCUGCCAGACAAAGAUCGCCCAACGUCUCUCCUGUGGCUUAUCUGUCACCGAGCCCUCGAGUGCUGUCUCCCAGCGCUCAAUCUUUUCCACCCUCCUCUCCUAGACAGCGAGCCUCAGGCAUCCGUCUUUACUCGUUAUCUCCUAGACUGUCCCCGAGGCAGGCGAGGAUUCCUGUUAGUAUGUACGACAACCCUCUGUCCCUCCUUCCCGCCCGUUCUGAUGAGGGUGAGGACAGCAGCGAUGAUGAAAACGAAGAGGAUUUUGCUAGCGUCCAGUUUGGGGGCAGUGGAGCCAGCAGCAUGGAAUCCUGCAGUGACCAUUUCACGAUUGACACGUGCAAAGAAACCGAGAUGCUCAACUACCUCAUCGAGUGCUUUGACAGAGUGGGGAUAGAGGAGCGGAAAGCACCGAAGCUGUGCAGCCAGCCAGAUGUGAGCCUGCUCCUGAGCAACCUCCGAUCGCAGUGCAUCUGCCAUGCUGCCCUGGUGUUACAGGGUGCGCUGACACAGCCAAGGCCUGCGCAGCAACCCUCUCUCCUGGUGCCCUACAUGCUCUGCCGAAACCUGCCGUUUGGGUUCAUCCAAGAACUUGUGAGGUCCACGUAUCAGGAUGAAGAGGUCUUCAAACAGAUUUUUAUCCCCGUUCUUCAAGGAUUAGCUCAGGCUGCAAAAGAGUGUUCUCUGGACAGCGACAACUUCAAAUACCCUCUCAUGGCUUUAGGUGAACUCUGUGAAAUGAAGUUUGGGAAGACGCACCCUGUUUGCAGCUUGGUAGCCUCGCUUCCAUUCUGGUUGCCCAAAUCUCUAAGCCCUGCCACAGGACGGGAGCUUCAGCGGCUUUCGUAUCUUGGUUCCUUUUUCAGCCUUUCUGUUUUUGCCGAGGACGACAAUAAAGUUGUAGAGAAAUAUUUCUCUGGGCCGGCUAUAACUCUAGAAAACACAAGAGUGGUCAACCAGUCAUUACAGCAUUAUUUGGAGUCCGCACGGCAAGACUUAUUCAAGAUUCUGCACAGUAUCCUACUGAAUGGAGAGACCAGAGAAGCUGCUCUUAACUACAUGGCUGCCAUAGUGACUGGUAACAUGAAGAAAGCACAGAUGCAGACGGACGACAGGCUUGUUUCCACAGAUGGGUUCAUGCUAAAUUUCCUUUGGGUGCUUCAGCAACUCAGCACCAAGAUCAAGCUAGAGACUGUGGAUCCCAUGUACAUUUUCCACCCCAAAUGUCGCAUAGCACUGCCGACCGAUGAGACUCGUAUCAAAGCCUCGAUGGAAGAAGUGAGCAGCUGGAUAUCCGAACUGAAUCAAGACCCAUCUUUAUUUUCCGAGCCUAAAUUCCCAACUGAAUGCUUCUUCCUGACCCUGCACGCCCACCAUCUUGCCAUUCUCCCGAGCUGCAGGCGAUACGUCCGUCGCCUGAGAGCCAUACGAGAGCUGAACAGGACCGUGGAAGAGCUAAAGAACAACGAGAGUCAGUGGAAAGAUUCCCCUCUAGCGGCUCGGCACAGAGAGAUGUUAAAACGCUGCAAAACACAACUUAAGAAGCUGGUGCGCUGCAAGGCCUGUGCCGAUGCUGGUUUGUUGGAUGAAAACUUCCUUAGAAGAUGUCUCAAUUUCUAUGGAAUGGUGAUCCAACUGAUACUGCGCAUCAUGGAUCCUUCCUUCCCAAAUACGACGUUGCCUUUAAACCCAGAGGUCCCCAAAAUGUUUGCAGCCUUGCCAGAGUUUUAUGUAGAAGAUGUAGCGGAGUUUCUCUUUUUUAUUGUGCAAUAUGCUCCUCAGGUUCUCUUUGAGCCCUGUACACAAGAUGUUGCGACGUUCUUGGUUGUGCUGCUGUGCAGCCAGAAUUAUGUCCGGAAUCCUUACCUUGUGGCCAAGUUGGUGGAGGUCAUGUACGUUACCAACCCCGCCAUCCAGCAUAGAACUCAGAAGUUCUUCGAAAUGAUUGAAGGACACCCUUUGUCCAUAAAACUCCUUGUACCAUCGCUGAUGAAAUUCUACACUGACGUUGAACACACCGGUGCCACCAGCGAGUUCUACGAUAAGUUCACCAUUCGCUACCACAUCAGCACAAUUUUCAAGAACCUUUGGCAGAAUCCGGCUCAUCACGGCACGUUUAUGGAAGAAUUUAACUCGGGGAAGCAAUUUGUGCGCUACAUAAACAUGCUGAUUAAUGACACCACGUUCCUGUUGGAUGAGAGUUUGGAGUCUCUGAAACGGAUCCAUGAGAUACAGGAGGAGAUGAGGAAUAAGGAUCACUGGGAUCAGCUUCCUCGGGAUCAGCAGCAAACUCGACAGUCCCAGCUGGCGCAGGACGAACGCGUGUCCCGCUCUUACCUCGCACUGGCUACUGAAACCGUGGAAAUGUUCCAUAUCCUUACCAAGCAAGUGCAGAAGCCGUUCCUGCGGCCCGAGCUGGGCCCUCGGCUGGCAGCCAUGCUCAACUUCAACCUGCAGCAGUUGUGUGGCCCCAAGUGCAGAGACCUGAAGGUGGAGAACCCAGAAAAAUACGGGUUUGAACCAAAAAAACUUCUGGACCAGCUCACAGACAUUUACCUACAGCUAGACUGCGCCCGGUUCGCAAAAGCAAUCGCAGACGAUCAGAGGUCCUACAGCAAAGAACUUUUUGAGGAAGUCAUUACCAAAAUGAAGAAAGCUGGAAUCAAGUCUACGAUUGCCAUUGAGAAGUUCAAGCUUCUGGCGGAAAAGGUGGAGGAAAUUGUGGCUCGAAAUGCUCGGGCAGAAAUAGAUUACAGCGAUGCUCCAGAUGAAUUCAGAGAUCCACUGAUGGACACAUUGAUGACGGAGCCAGUGAGACUUCCUUCUGGAACGAUCAUGGACAGAUCCAUUAUUCUGCGGCAUCUUCUGAAUUCUUCCACCGAUCCCUUUAACAGACAAACGCUCACGGAGAGCAUGCUCGAGCCAGUGCCAGAAUUAAAGGAAAAGAUUCAGGCGUGGAUGCGCGACAAGCAAAACACGGAUCCUUGAACGGGUUAAUCGUCUUGGGCUGCCCACUCUGGAAGAAGAGGAACCCUGUACAUAUAUUUAAAUAAUACAAGAAAUUACGCGAUCACUUAAAAGAUGGAGGAGGGUAUAUUUUCUUAAAUUGGGGCCAGCACUACAGUUCCGUAAGCAGAAACCAUUUUUUUUCUGUGCGUUAAAA